AAACAAAACUUCCUCUCUCCAUUUGUCAAUCGGCCCUUUACUGAUCUCUCUCUCUCUCUCUCUCUCUCUCUCUUCUCGAAAAAAUAUCUGUAUGCAGCUGCAGCCAAUCUCUCUCUCUAAUACGUUUUAAUUGGGUGGAGUCUUUCAAAUAGAAAACAAAGCUACAAAAGCCACCACCAGCAUGUUUGAUCAUGAGCUAGCCUUUCAUGGUUUCUAGGAUUCAUCAAAUAAAGAUCCAAUUAAGCAAACCCUCCUCACUCCUAAGAGGGUCUACACAAAUAUACUCUUCUCUUUUCUAUUUAUAGCUCCCCUCCUUUCCCAUCAUCUCCUCUCUUCUCUUAUCUUCUCCAACUUCCAAAUUUUCCCUGCACUGCAUCUCUCUCUCUCUCUCCCCAUGGAUAAUUCUGUUCCAGAAAUAGACAUGACUUCAAACCCAGACCCCAUUGGCAUAAACAUCAACAGUACCGCCACUGCUACAAUGAUGAGCACGGUUGUUGGCGGAGUACUUUCCUCUUCUUCUUCAUCAUCGAUAUCGCCGGCCCCAUCAACCCCCAGCCGAUACGAGAACCAGAAGCGCCGCGACUGGAACACCUUCGGGCAGUACCUCCGGAACCACCGGCCGCCGCUCUCGCUCUCCCGCUGCAGCGGCGCCCACGUCCUCGAAUUCCUCCGGUACCUCGACCAAUUCGGCAAGACCAAAGUCCACACCCAGCUCUGCCCCUUCUUCGGCCACCCGAACCCCCCAGCGCCGUGCCCUUGCCCCCUCCGCCAGGCCUGGGGUAGCCUGGACGCCCUCAUCGGCCGCCUCCGUGCUGCCUUCGAGGAGCACGGAGGCAAGCCCGAGGCGAACCCCUUCGGAGCCCGGGCCGUGAGGCUGUAUCUGCGCGAGGUGCGCGAUUCGCAGGCCAAGGCCAGGGGAAUCAGCUACGAAAAGAAGCGACGCAAGCGCCCACAGCCGCAGGCAUUGCCGCAGCCUGCAGGUGCAGCCCAGUAAGUGAGUAAGUAAGAAGCUAGCUCGCUAUAUAUGGAUGAAUGGAUAGAUGAUGAUCAAAAUCCAGCAGCAUAUAUGAGAAAUUAUGGGAAUUAACCAAUUAAGUUCAUGCGGGUAUCUUUUACUUUCAUGUUUAAUUAAUUUUGUCCCUCUAUCUGUUGUCCUAGUUUCUUCCAUAUUUGAACCAUGUUGCUUUUGGAUAUUGGUGGUUAGGGGAUUAUGAACCCAGUUUCCUCUAUCCUUAAUUAUAAUGCGAACAGUACUUGCAAUAGUAUGUACUACUUGUAGUUUAUGAGAUA